CCCAAACCUGAAAGAGAUGAAAUUGAAGAAGAAAACAGUAUUAUCAGCUGGAACGACAGAUGCGCUGAGAGCUGUGUGCUCCGACGACGUGGGGCAAGCUGUGCCGCAGUGAGCAUAAUCUGAUAAGCGCUCGUGUCCAUCCUGCACUCGGCUUCAGGACGACGCAGGAGAGGAAAAAGUAUGUGCGGAGUGUGAGGAUAGAUGAAAUUAUGCUGAGGUCACACUUCUCGGAGCUGAUUCACAUUUUCACCCGGAACACCUGCUGUAUAUUUGCAUCCACCGGAGUCCCUCUCGAUGACUGCCGCGCACUUGCUUGUCCCGUGAUGUGUCUUUGGAGGAGCCGGUGCGUGCCACGGUCUAAACAUCCCGGCCUGUCCACUGUAGGCCUAUAGAGCAGCUAUUUGUCUGCGGAACAAAUCACAGUUUUAUAGUAGGCGCUGGGUCUUAUGCAAUGUGGUCGAAACGGAUUUCGUGAGCUCAUAGGUUAAACUGACAGCGACAUCAGGCUUAGGUCGCCCUGCUCUGUGCUGUACUGCAGCAAGGUGGACCACAGGGCGUGAGGUGGCAAGGAGCAAUGCACGCAUCCUCCCGGCUGGACAUUUUUUGGGGGAUGUUUUGUGUCCCGAACAAACAAAAAACCCAAGGCCAUACACCCUGAACUGGCGAACUGCGUCACCGUGUUGGAGUGUUGCAGGUAAGCAGUGAACUCUUCCACCGUUACGAGAGAGCGGCUCAUCAUCCUCCAGAAACAAUGUCGCCGGUGAGUGUUUGACAGCGUAACCGGGAUGGAUUCGGUGGAUUCAAGCAAAGAUCCGCCACUGGGAUCCACGUUUUCCUCAGCACCUAAUCUGGACUCGGACAUUAAUGCAAAUGCUUGCAGGCCUGUGUAUGAGAAUGGUACAGACCACAAUGUCAACAUACAAAACACAGCCCUGCGUGGAGCAAGUGACCCCAGCUCAUACCCCUCCACAGACUACCAGGUGCCGGUCCGCCACAGGUUUAUUCGGCGGAGUCAGUGGAUGUCAGACUCCGAAGAGCCGCCGGUGGACACACCGGAGUUCGUCAACAGCAGCCCGGCACUCAACAUCGACCUGCGAACCAUCGUUGACCGGAGUCGGGCGCGGGUUCUGCACGCGACCCGCCUACAGGAGACCUCGAGCACGGAGUGCCAGGUGGGCCUGAAAGACAGGGCCACAGAGAGCGUGAACGCGGACGACGAGAAGGCAGGCAGGACCGAAAGCGAACCCAAGGCAGAGGUCGUGCCCUCCGAUGUCACAGGUAAAGCAGGAAGUGACGAAAACGAAGAGGAGCCCGGAAUGAAGGCCGUAGCCACCUCGCCUGGAGGGCGCUUCCUCAAGUUUGACAUCGAGCUGGGGAGAGGGUCUUUCAAAACUGUCUAUAAAGGUCUCGACACCGACACCUGGGUCGAAGUGGCCUGGUGUGAGCUUCAGGAACGGAAACUGUCCAAAGCAGAGAGACAGAGAUUCAAAGAGGAAGCAGAAAUGCUAAAGGCUCUCCAGCAUCCCAACAUUGUGCGAUUUUAUGACUUCUGGGAAUCACCCGUCAAAGGGAAAAAGUGUAUUGUUCUGGUGACAGAGCUGAUGACCUCAGGGACACUAAAAACGUAUCUGAAGCGCUUUAAGGUCAUGAAGCCUAAAGUUCUUAGAAGCUGGUGCAGACAAAUUCUCAAAGGCCUCCACUUCCUCCACACUAGAACUCCUCCGAUCAUCCACAGAGACCUUAAGUGUGACAACAUCUUCAUCACUGGUCCUACGGGCUCUGUCAAAAUCGGAGACCUGGGCCUGGCGACUCUAAAGAGAGCCUCUUUUGCUAAAAGUGUUAUUGGCACUCCAGAGUUCAUGGCUCCAGAGAUGUAUGAGGAGCACUAUGACGAGGCUGUGGAUGUCUACGCCUUUGGGAUGUGUAUGCUGGAGAUGGCAACAUCUGAAUAUCCCUACUCCGAAUGUCAAAAUGCUGCUCAGAUCUACCGCAAAGUGACCAGCGGGGUGAAACCUGCCAGCUACAGCAAAGUCCGCGACCCAGAAGUUAAGGAAAUAAUCGGGGAGUGCAUCUGUCACAGAUGGGAAGAAAGGUACUCCAUCAAGGACCUCCUGAAUCACGCCUUCUUUGCAGAGGACACGGGUGUGAGGGUGGAGCUCAAUGAAGAAGAUGAUGGGAAAAAAACAUCCAUUGCUCUAAAGCUGUGGGUCGAAGAGCCUAAAAAACUGAAGGGGAAAUACAAAGACACUGGUGCCAUUGAGUUUACCUUUGACUUGGUGCAUGAGGUCCCAGAAGUUGUUGCCCAAGAAAUGGUGGAUUCAGGUUUCUUCCUAGAUUGUGAUGUGAAGAUCGUUGGGAAGUCCAUCAGAGAUCGUGUAGCUCUAAUCAAAUGGAGGAGGGAGCGGACUGUCUCACCAAAUGGAAACAGCGAGACACCUGUGAAGAAAACUCAGCAGAACCUCCUGCAGGUUCCCAGUACAGGGAUGCCACAGGGAGCUACAUUAGCCACUACAGAUUAUGAAGACCAAGAGUCAGAGCAGCAGACUCUGAUCUGCACCGUCCCUGCUGCCACAUCUACCACAUCUGACAGUGGAGUGAGCUCCACCAUGCAAUUAGAUGAGCUAAACAAUCAGCAGAAUGGCCCCUACCAAUCACUUCAAGAGCCUGUUACCACAACUCAGAUUAUCUACAGUCCUCCUGCACAGACUGACCCUCAGCUGCACCAGGGGCCCUACCAGCAGUCCACUGCACAGGCCGCACAUGACAGCUACGCACACGGAUCUGCACAGGUACACCAAGGAGCGUACCAGCAAACCGCAGGCCAACUGCACCCUGGGACCUUUCAACAACCUGCAGCACAACUGCACCAGGGGCCUUAUCAGUGUCAAACAACAGUUUCUGCUCCAGCUACGCCAGCCGCUGCCGCUAACCAGAGCAGACAGUGCUUUCCAGCUGCAGGCCCAACUCUACAGACACAGAUCACUGCCCAGCCCAACCAGGAGCAGUGCCAUCUCCAACCAGCUGCUAUCCUGCCCAAGCUGUUAUCUGCAGAGCAGCCUGCUUCCCACCUGAGUCCUCCUGACACCUCUACCAGUUUUCCACACUUAGUCUCCAGUGCUCCUUCCCCACUUCUACCCCUGCAGAUCAGCAUGCAGUUUUCCUCACCAUAUGCAGUUAUUCAAACAGGGGGCCACAAGCCUCCCCCCGUCUCCCCAGCUACUCUGCCAUCUGUCUACAGCAGCAGUGAAUCCACUAUGUCUAGCACGUAUUACUCACAUUCACCCCACCGUCCCUCUCUGCCUCUGAUUCCUCUUUCUGCCAUGCCAUCUCUGUCUACUCUUGGUAGUCCUCAGACUCCUCUGUCCACACCUCAGCAUGUACCCAGUGUGGCGUUCCCCCUCCCGUUUUUUGCCAUGUCCGUGUCCUCAGCAGUGCCACAGCAGCAGGGCAGCCCCUCCACAUCUCAACCAAACCUAAGUUUCCAUUCCACCCAUCCCUUACCUCUCUCUCAGGUACAACCCACCCCAUACCCUGCCCCCAAUCCUGAGCACGGUCUGGCUGAGCAGCCUGUCCAGAUACAGUCACUCACUCCACAUGGCAUUCUGGGAGACUUUCAGCAUUUGGGUGCGGUUCACUCAGUUUUGCCUACUGUUCAGACUUCUCUCUGGGGAAGGGUAACAGAUUCAGAAACUAGUGGAGCUGGCCUUGAUUUAGCAGUAGCUCCUACAAUUUCAGCCCCAGUCCCAGCCCCAGCGUCAAUCCCAAUCCCAGCUAAAGUUGAUACUCAACCUCCAGCACAAAGUCCGGCUGUGGUGGGACCACAAAACCAACUUCAAGUCCCAGUAUCAGCUCAGGCCGCAGCUAUGCCUCAAACCACAACCCUUCUUAAAUCCCCCACUUCAAUCCCAAUGCAAGUUCCAACAGCAGUUCAAGCUGCAGUCUCAACCCCAGCUCAAGCACUAGUAUCAGCAUCAGGUCCCAUUUUGGAGCAAACAGAAAUCUCCUCUUUGAGCUCAGAUAUACUUUCAGCCAAACCCCAAAUUUCAGUCCCAGGCUUGGUUUCGGGCCCAAACACCGUCACCCUGCCAGCAUCAGUUCAGUCUGCAGCUCCUGUUCCUGCUCCAGCUUCUGUCACAACUUCAGUCCCAGCUCCAGUUCUGCAGCCUCCUGGCACCCAGACAACAGUCUCAGUACCCGAGUGUUCCAGCCUGCCUGCAACUCAGCAAACUGCAGACAUGGCAUCUGCAUCCAGCACCCCUCAACAAGAUCCCUGUGCAGAGGAGGUGCUUCGGGAAAAACCAAUAUCUUUACCCAGUUAUGAAUUUGACAGUCUCAAGUCUGAUAUGCCAUCUGGUAAGGAAACAAGUGAUGGCUAUGAAAGCUUUGCUAGUGUGGGAAAGGGAGAUGGGAAACCGAGGAAGCAUCACCGCAAGUCUGCCCGCACACGUUCCAGGCAGGAAAAGACCAGCAAACCGAAACUGAGCAUGCUCAAUGUUUGCAACACUGGUGAUAAAAUGGUCGAAUGCCAGCUGGAGACUCACAACCACAAAAUGGUGACAUUUAAAUUUGAUCUGGAUGGAGAUGCUCCCGAGGAAAUCGCUACUUACAUGGUAGAGAACGGCUUCAUCUUGAUGUUAGAGAAGGAGAUCUUUAUUGACCAGCUGAAGGAUAUUGUGGAUAAAGCUGAAGACAUGCUGAAUGAAGACAUGGAGGGUGAAAGGGACACAGCUUUGAGUUGCAGUCCUUUACAAGUCCAGCCAUUUGAAGUGCUAGUAGGAGAGAGUCAGCAGCCUGGAGGAUCUCAACCAGUCUAUCAGCAAAAUGUUCUUCAUACAGGAAAGAGAUGGUUCAUAAUCUGCCCUGUAGAGGAGAUACCCACAUCCAGUCAGGAGACCCCCUCUGACGGGACAACUACGCAGUCACCUGGGAGCUCAGCUGCUACCCACCCUGCUGACAGCACCACUGCAAAGCCCUCCAGAGAAGAGGGUUCAUCUUCCACAAUGUCUGGGGGAAGCGGAGGCUUUUCUUAUGACGUGUACGGAUUCUGCAGUCCUCCAAUAAUGUCCAACACAGACCCGCUCCUCUUGGCCACCCUGUCACCUCCUGUGUCUGCACCCCCGACUCUCCAGUCAGUGCCAUCAGUGGAGCCAGCAGGCAGUUCAGUGCAACACAGCAUGCAAGCCCAGACAGCCAGAGCGCAAACAUCAUCCCCGCAUGCUGCUUUCCCUGUGGAAGAUUCACAGGGAUCCCCUCUCGGCUCCAUCUCACCAAUCCAUGCAUCUCAGAAGUUCCCUGAAAUGACAUGCCCAGUUUCUAUUGCUGACGACGUACCCUGCUGCCCUCUGGUCAUGCCCCUCUCUCUCGAUGUGAGCACUUCACAGGUUGGAUCUCCGCUUACUCUUCCGCUCCAGGAGCCAGGAUCGGUCAAAGAGGCACCGUCUGUCUCCUACGCCCCCUCAGCACGGAGCGAGCGACCACAGCAGCCUGUGGUGCUGCAUCAGCCUUUUGCCACUGUUGGAGGGACCAAAGUGUCUUCACUACCACAGAGUCCAGCACCAUCCCAGCAUGGUGCAGGCCCCAGUGAGUCUGAUGGUGAAGGAAGACUGGGUCGUAGCGGGUUUGUGGACAGCACCAUUAAAACCCUGGAUGAGAAAUUACGGAAUUUGCUCUACCAGGAAUAUGCUCCCAUGUAUCCAUCAGGCAGCGCUGCAGAGACACCAGGGUCUGGCACAGAGUACAUCCAGUCUCCUCCUGGUCCAGACAGCGCCACAGGAGGCUCAGGGAACAGCACCCCAGGGCCAAUAGGGGAGGGACGCUACAGGGGAGGAGAACAGCUGCCUCAAAUUCCAGAGAGAAUGGACAGUUUGAGCGCACUGAGUGAUUCAGCUGUGUGUGCGUCCCUGUCGAGAAGACACGUUCCUCACUCUGCUUCAUGCUCUGGAGCAAGAGGUCGAUUUAAGAUCACUCCUGUUCCCCCUGAAGUGGCCAACAGACGAGAUGUGAAGCAAAGGAGCUGGAGCAGCGCUGCCUCACCGGCGCACCCUGUGGGAUACAUUAGGGACCAUGGUCAGCUUGAUGCCAUGGCUACCUCCACCACAAUUGGCCGUUUCUCUGUGGUGAGCACUGAAGAUGACAUCACACAGAGGACACGUUGUAGCCGUUACUCUGCCCCGCCAGAUUUCUAUCUGGACACGCCUCCUUCUAACGCCAAGCGGGGCUCUUUGCCUCGUGCAAUGACAUCCGUCCCUGUGGAUGUCACGGUGCACGCUCGCUUCCUCUCCUCAGAUUCAGGGGCGGAGAGCAGCCCUGCAAAGCUGACUCCUGCCACUCCGUCGCAACACUCCCGCUCCGAGCGCAGAGGAAGUGACCUCAUGAAAAGGGCAGUGGCCUUUCUCCGUCGUUCUGGUCGCAGCAGCAGCGUGCAGAGCUCUGACUCACCGAGCAGGCAUGGAGGGGUGCACGGCUCUGCCUAUGGCAGCAGCGAUAAUGACUCCGAGAUGGAGGACUCAGACAUAAAGAGAGAACUACAGAGACUCAGGGAGAAACAUCUGAAGGAAAUCUCUGAGCUGCAGGCCCAUCAGCGAGGGGAAGUGGAGCUCCUGUAUCGAAGACUUGGUAAAGUUCCUCCUCCUGGCCUGGGAGUUGCUGCACCACAUGGCAGCCGUAGAAAGAGGUCCAGCAAGCACAGGCUGAAGCCAGGCAAACUUCUCAGCCCUCUGGUUCAACAGUUUAGAAAUGUCACAACCAAAACUGGUGACUCUAGCAGAUCCAGUACUGCUGCAGGUACGGGUGACAACACAGUUAGUUUAAAUGGGUCUCCAGCUAAAGGGUCUUUCCCCACUCACAGCAGGGCCCGGUCAUGCACCAGCCACCUUCCCAGCUCAACUUCGGAGCCUGUGCAGACUCAGCAGCCCUGCUCCCUUAAAGGCUCUUUAUCUUCUGAUAAUAUUUACGCUGGACUACACGGAGAUGGAACUGGUACACAAGUGCCACCGGGGCAAGGCUGGUCUAAUUACCCUCAACCAUCUGAGAGAGUGACCUAUAAAUCGAGUACCAAGCCACGAGCUAGAUUUCUCAGUGGGCCUGUGUCUUUAUCUAUCUGGGCGACUCUGAAGCGACUUUGUCUUGGUAAAGAGCGUGGUAGCAGGUCUGGAGCUUCAGCAGGGGCUUCCAAUCAGUCACAGCAGCUGCCUGGGGGUGUCACACCUCCUCCACAUCAGCCGGUGAUAGGAUUGGCCCAAGCUCAAGCUAAUAACAGUAACAACAAAACAGGCACAUACAGUAGCACAUCCACGAGUGCCCACGAUAGCAACCUGCCUGAAGACUUACAACGACUAAUGGAUGACUGGGCCCAGGAGGUUCUGAUUGUCACCCACCGGCCUCGCACUAACUCUCUGAGUAUCACUCGACCCCAGCUUUGGGAUCAGGAUCCACUUCAAACAAGUGAACACCUUGCUAGGGCUUCAGAUUUAUUGCCAUGGACAGCUCCAGGACCUGAGGCCUGUAGUCUGCCACUGUCCUGGCCUGACGGCCCUGGGUCAACAAUGAUCGCCACGCCGCCGGCAGGGGCGCAUCCCUCUUAUCAGCAUCACUCUCCUGCUCCAUUCAGGGCCUUGCCCUCACCUCUCUCUAUUAGCCAGUGGCCUGGGUUUUUCUUUCCCCUUCCUUCAGGAGUCUUUGCCUUUCCUGCUGUGGCCUCAGCUCAGGAUACCCACAGCUCCAUUCCAGCACCAUCAUAUCAGCCAACUGACCCAAAAGCGAGGACUCUCUAAUCUAUGUAGCAUUGUGUCUUCCAACUCCGUUACCAAAAAUAGAUCUCAUUAUAGUUCUAGUCAAUCUUAUGUGCAUAAUAGUGUAAAUAUAUAUAACCAGCACGUAUGUAAUCAUAUGUACAUACUCAUCCUUAGUCUUUUUGUUAUUUGUUUCAUUUUGCAUCAACAUACCUCAUGUCCGUAUUACAAUGCAUAAUCCUUGAGUGCAGUCCACUUGUAAUUAGCUGAAUCGUGCAUUAAAGUGCAGAUUUUGUUUUCAUUCUUUCUGUAUGUACAUUGCCACUCAUUGAAUGUACAUACUCUAUUUCUCAUUCAUAUUGUGUUUUCAGUUAAACAGCAGUUUGUGUUGCUCAUCUCACUCAUAUAUAUAUAUAAGCUGCCGAGUGUAUAUAUGAAUUAUCGUCAGUCUGUAAAUAGCUCCUGUGUUUGUACAGUUACCAUUAGAUAAUCUGUAGGUCGGUGCUGCAGUUAUGUGUCUUAAUGCAACACCUUAUUUGCCACCGUCAUGCCAUCACUGUGAAGACUUGACAUCCUGGUCGCUAGGACCAGUCGCUUUACUCUGCUCUCUCAGUCCAAGGAUAGGUUUCAUUCUUCAUCGAUGAAAUGCUUCCAGCACAAGCGCUUGAAAUAUCCUUAAGAGAUUUGAAUGAACUUGAACUUUAUCUUCAGGUGGAAAAAAAAACACCUGUGAGAGUGCCUUGAAAUGCAGUUUCCGUUUUUUGAAGAAAAGCAUUUAGAUUCAAAGCGUACUCUAGAUAUUCUAUAUAUGCUUUCACCUUCACAGGUAAAUUAUGUGAUUUGAAUAAUGAAUGUGGAGUAAAACAUGUUUAAUUUAGCAACAAAACACAGCUAAACACUACAAUCCGGUGUUGCAGUACACUAAAUAUCAGAGAUUGUAAAAAAAUAAAUGAAUAUCCAAAGCUGAAUUAGGUUAGCAUAUACUUGUGUAAGUUUCCUUGUUCACUGAAGUCAUGUUUUUGUGGGAUUGCUUUAGCACCUGCACAGCAGCCUGCAUGACCACACGGAUGUUCUCUGAAUCCCCACUGAGUGGUGUUCUGCGUUUAGAGUGGAUAUUGUUCAGAGAAAGCGAUUGAAAUCAUACAUUAGGAGGGCUGAAGGGCUCAACACACGAGUCAAAAUCAUAAUCAUCCCAUACCUCUACUAAUGCAAUCUGUAGCUUUACAUAUUGUUGCCUUGUGGUUUUUAAGAGAUUACUGCGUGGAUGGUUGUCGUUUGAUAAAUGCUGUUGAUGCGAUAAUGUUAGGGGGGCACAUGACGAAUGUGAAUUACCGAAAAGCCACAACUGUUUGAUGUUUGCGUAAUAGGCAUAGGUUUUCAAAAUCGUAUUUAUUAGAUGCUGGCCUCACAAUGUCUUUUAGCUCAUGCUUAUACGUAUUAAGGCUAACAUGAUUCAAGGAUUUCCAAAAAAUAUAGUGCUUUCACUAUUUUAGUCAAAAACAAUACUUUAAUACAUCUCUUGCAUAAACCAUUUAUUCCCUUACAAGAGUUUUGGGAUUGCAUCAGGUGUUUUGUGUAUUUUUGAGUGCAAAUAGCACAGUGAUCUUAAGAAAACACUUGUUUCCCUUGUGGUCCCUUGUUUCCCCGUGUAAAACUACACAGUCAGUAUGGUACGCCAAGCAGUUCUGUAAAGGCACGAUAAACACUUUUGGGGAACCAAAACAGAUAUCUUCUAUAUUUGCAGAAUUACAGGACGCUAAAUUUCCCAUAAUGCAACACACUAGCAUCUUUACUUCAUCAGGGUUGUUAUCUUUCAACCUUUAAAAAAAAUUAUUUUCAAAUUCACAAAACACAUUACGCAGACUGAGUAUAACACAUCAUAAACUUAAAUGUAAAAUCAUUGGCAUGACCCUUUAAAAUUGUUUCACUUUUGCACAUUAAGAGAGUAAUUUAAAAUUGAUUAUUUGUCUAUAAGGCAGAUCUUUAAUAAUGACCUAGAUAUUUUUUUUAAUCUCCUAUGCAGUAGUUUUCUUUGUGCUUUCCACUGUAACUUCUGUCUUUAAAUCUAAUGCUUGCAAUGACAGCUAGAUGUAUGAUUGCUUUUGCCUGCUGUAUCACCUGUUUUCCCAGCACUUUCCUGACCUUGUCAGAUUGAUACCUUCUCAAAAAAAGCUGUACAUACUUGAAGACAUAAAUAAAUUCAUUUUUGCUUGACACCACACAAUAUUAGUCACAUACUGCUUUCAUCAGUAGUCACAAGCCAAAUUGUCUCCGGGUCUCUUACUCUUCUCCACUCUAAUUUGCCAAAACAGUAUUGCUUAUUACAAAUGAAAAGAUAGUUGUGCAAAUGCAGUUCUGGGAAAGUUAUCACUCUGUAUUUCAUCGUACAGAAGCUAAAAUCUAUGUUAAAAUCCAUAUUUCACCACUGGUAUUUAUAUUUCACUGAUAUCUGAGGUGUGUACUUGGAAGUUUUUGUGUAUCAGCAUCUUUCCGUCAGCCAUAAUACACUUGACACUGCAGUUUGAAGAUCAUCCUGACUCUGUGACUUUAGGGUUAUUUCAUGUCAUGCACAUGUAUGUGUGAUUGAAUUAAACAUGUUAUGGAUGCACAAA